CGUUCACGCGGGAUUUUCAAACAUGCACGGAUAAUUUCGUGAUGACACGCGCGAUUUUCAAAGAAACACGCACCUUCAUAUGAAAUGAAUUUUGCCCACUUAUUAAAGACAAUACACAUUAUGGAAUAUAUUGAGGUUAAUUUGGUAGCUGGUGGCCGUUAUGGUAAAAUCCAAUUUAAUAAUGAUGAGAGACAAGAUGUUGACACUCCAGCAUGUAUGUUGUAUACUCGUGGUGGUGCAGCACCACAUUUGACCAAUGAAUUGGUAGAUCAUUUUAUUGAUGGUUACUCAGGAGUCCACAUAACACUGCCAACAUUAUUUCAAUACCCUGGACCUGAUGUGUUACACACUUAUAAAAAAGGGUUUGCUGAGUUUUGUGGCUUAAAGAAAAAGCAGUUUGUCUAUUGUUCAGUAUAUGACCCAGUGCAAGAAAUGCAGUGUUCCUACAAUGAGGAAAAAAAUAUUUCAGUUUGGAAUAGUGGUGGUAGAAAGAAGAUAAAUGUGGAUCAUUUCAUAAAGAUUUUAACAUCAUUUAAACCAGACAUUGCACAAUGUUUGUGUGAUAGUAUACCAAGUGGCCAAACUAGUAAAAGAAAUAAAAAAUCUGUUGAUCGGACAUUAAAAUUCCUGGAUGAAAUAUUAGAAUGUAAAAAAAGCAAUGAGGAAUUGAAAUCAAUAGAAAUUUUUGGCUCUGUUGAGGGAGGUGAUUGUGAAAUAGAAAAAAACCGGUCAGCGGUACAAACAUCAAAAAGGGAUAUAGCAGGUUUCAUUGUGGAAGGAAUUGAUCCACAUUCACCAAACUGGGAACAACAUUUGAAGGAAUGUCUAAAAAACAUCCCAAAUGACAGACCACGUUUUUUCCACGGACCAAUUUCACCAGAGCAGGUUUUCUCUGCAUUUGAAUGUGGCGUCGAUGUCUUCGACAGUAGUUUUGCAUACGUGUCAACGCAACGCGACUGUGCAUUGAAUCUUCAAUGUGGCAGUAAAAGAUGUAAACCCGCGUUAAAUUAUGAAACUGGUGAUUCAGAAACACGCCAAACUACUCAAAUUCAAAAGCCAAAUAACGAAGAAAAAACAGAUGACGAUAAAAAGACCCGUUACGAAAUAAAUGUUUCUAAUAUUAGAUAUAAAGAAGACUUCUCCUCGCUCGUUAUUGGUUGUUCUUGUUAUUCCUGCACCAAUCAUACUCGAGCUUAUAUUUAUCAUUUACUGGAAACAAAGGAAAUGCUCGCUCAAGUUUUGCUUAUGAUACACAACUUUCACCAGUACUUCAGUUUUUUCAAGAAACUGCGUCAGUCCGUACAGAACAACGAUUAUGAAACAUUCAAAAAGGAUUUUCUCAGAACAUAAACUGUACUAAAGGAUUUGUGGACAAUUCUAGCAAAAUAUACGCAAGUAAUUUAUUUUUUAAAAAAAUUAAUUUUAACC